AUGGGAAAGAAAGAAAAGUAUGUUAAUGAUGUUGAAUUGUACGAUUUACUGAGAUCUAAAGAACUCUACAGAGAACAGAACAAAUUACAGAAGUCUUUGGAAAAACAAAUCCGCGAAAUUUCAAAAAAUGAAAAGAUUUUAAUGUCUCGUAUUGAGUGUCAGAGACAAACAUUCUUAAAACAGUUCAAUGCACAUUCAGAUCGUAAUGGAUACUUUAAUGUUGAAAGUCUGCAACUGCCACUACCCGAAGGCUCUUCUAGAAAACAAAGUACUAACGAUCCAGACUCACAGUUUCCAUUCAUGUCCCCUGGUAAAUCCCAAGAUUGUCAAUGUAUUUCUUAUGAAUUGCAUAGAAUCCAACCAAAACCAAUUGGAAACAACGCCAUGGACCAUUCGGCGAGCAAACUCUUAAAUUCUGAACAAGUGGAUCAGCAUACAAUUUUAGAUUUAAUCAAGAAGCAUAAAAACGGAUGCAUUGUUGAUAGUCAAACUGGAGUAGCAAACAAGUGCAAAGUUACCUUUAGUUUGUAA